GCAGGAUCUACCUCGAGUCAACACAAAUGAUGAUUUACACCGCCUGAUUCAUUCAAAUUCAAAGACUUCAUCAAGCAAACGUGAAAAGGGAUGUAUUAUAUCCAGCUAUAUCCAUGACUACGAAGGUUGUUCUCAAAGACUCUAAACCCAUUGAGCUGUUGACCUGUCAUUGCUCAUGUGUGGCAGGGCUUGCACUAUGCAAUCAUGUUGCAGAUUUGCUCUACCAGACCUCACAUUACAGCCAGCAGGGAGUAACGGCUGUCCCCCUACUCACAGCUGCACAGGGUCUGAGCUACAGUGGCACAAACCUAGCACCCAGGAGUAACUUGUACAACGGGGCCUGUGACCGGACCUGUGACCUUCCAGACAUGUCAGUUCUGCGUGUGAAUGAGAUUUACCGAGGAAUGCCAAGGGAAACUGCUCCACCCACAACAACAAUGGGAAUAGCAUUUAUUAAAUGGUUUAUUCAAAGAAUAUUCAGAGAUGGGAGAGUCAUAAAAACAAUCAAACAAAAGGUUGAUUACUUUUACCUACCUAUGCUUUUGGCUUGUCAGUUUCCAUGUAAAGUGAAAUUACUGAAUAGAUUCUAUUUGUUGUGUGCUUCUCUUCACGCCUCCACGGACACUGAGAAACUAACACGAGAAACACAACAAGUGGUGUCAGAAGCUGAGCGUGAUCGACAGUCAUCAGCGACUUGUGAAUGUUGUGAAGUGCUGGGACAUCCUUUGUGA